UACAGACUGCUGGUUCGGAUUUGGCCACUGGGUGGCGCUCGGCUCCUCGUAAACACAGUGACGCCAGAGUUUUCGCAGCGCAGGGAAGCAGCACGUCAGAGGCAUAAUGGCGGAGGCUGGUUGAGAAGGAGAAUUACUCCGUGAAGCGGCGCUGAAACCAACUUCAUCGCCAGUCGACGAAGUGAUCGGUGGCCAAAAUGGCCUGCAAUCUGAACGAAGACAGAAAAUAUGACCGGGACGCCAUCAAGUCCAGCGGCUUACGUCUGGACGGCAUCGAGAGCCAGGAACAAUUGUCAGCCUCUACCACGACUACAUCCAAGCAAAAUGGCGAUCAAGCUGGAUGCGAAGACGAGCAAAUGUCUGAACAAGAUGCUUGCGAGCGGCGAAAGAGCGGACUGUCAGAUUUCAAGAACUGCAGCACUUCACCGUCGGCGCUGCACAGAUCGACCGAGGAGUGGCAUCGCAAGAAUUUCCAAAUCCCGCGGAAGAUCAAGGAGCGCAAAGGUCUGCUCCAGCAUUUAGGGCCCGAAUCGCGAGAGUUGGAGGAGCUUUUUAAACUCCUCUCUUCCUCGUACUUGGAUACUUCAUCUCGAGGAGCAUUUACUUACACUAAAGCGUUUCUCAUUCACAACGAACUCCUGGAGAAAGAGUAUAUUGAGAAGAAAAGGGAGCUCAAGCAAGCUGGACGGACGGACGCUGAGCUUACUGACUCUUAUGCUUUUCUGCUGCCUGAUGCAAAAAAGACUCGCUGGAUCUGUGAAAAGGGCCUUUCAGUAGGACAUGCACGUAUUAACAAUUUGGGAAAUCCUGUUAAAGGUAUAUACCUUUCAAAAUAUUCAGAUUUGUUGAAAAUCAACCCAUUUGAAGCUGGUGCUUCUGGAGACAUAAUCAUAUUUAAAGUCAUGAAGGGUAGAUUAAAGAGCAUAUUUGAAAAUAUGCCCAAGACUAAUCUGGAACCUACGCCUAAGUUUGAUUGCCACGUGCACAAAAAUGCCGGCAAAGUCACAUCGUUAUUGUCGUAUAGGGCCUUUGAGCUCACUCAGCAAUAUUUUUAUGAAUUUGCAUUUGAGGAGCUGCGGUCACGACCUAGACACGUGUGUCCCUAUGCUGUGGUGUCCUUUCAAUACAAAGUUAAGGAGUCGGCCACGGCUGCUCACAGGUUAAGCAGUGGUGUGUAUGAAGGACAUAGAGGAUGGCGCAGAUAUACGGUAUGGAGUGGCUCAUUGGUAAACAGAGGAGAAGAGCUGUAUCAUGUGUGCAUUCGGUCGCCCAAUCUCCCUUUUCUGCCUCUCAAACUUCCUGAUAAAAUUGACAUAAAUAUGGCAAUGCACCUUGAUCAAGUGAAGAGAAAAAUUCCCUCUACACUGCUUUCAUGGGAUUCAUAUAGUGGAACACAAGAGGUAAUGAAGUGCGGGAUGUACUGCAGUCUGUUUGAUGUCAUGGCUAAGACCAAGCAGGGAAACAGCCUGUCUGGCCUUCUUCACAAAAUGGAGAAGGAAAAAAUGGUUCUUGUGAAGCCACUGGCAGAAAAAGGCUUUCUUCUCCUCCUUUCAUCAUCACACCUGCACAGUUCAAAAGAAAAGCGAGGCAGAAGCGACAGAGGAUUACAAGCACUUUUUGUUUUUCAAGAACCGAGAUUCACGGGCAGGUUAAUGUCCAGACACGCUGGCCUACAUGUGGACUCUCUCGUUCCAUUAGAGCCCAGAGACUCAAACACUGAGCACAUAGAGACUGUUGCUCCUGCUCUGCACCAUGCUUUCUAUAAACUGCGUGCCAAUCCACCCAAAGACCUGGCGAGUGCAGUGAAAACGCAGGCUCUGGACUAUCUGAGUUUGAGGGAACAUGGCUCCGGACGGCUUUUCUCUUUGCCUGAGUACAGGUUAAGCUUGGACGAACGACCCGGGCAAUACCCACCACAACGGCCCAAGAACAUGGACUCAUCGUUGAAUACAUAUUUCCAUGCACCUGACAACUUCAAACUGGCCAUUACAUGCCUCCAGCAGGAUGUGGAGGACACUGGUCCUGCCAUGGUUGACGAAUACAGCCCUGUGUCUGACUGGAGUGGCUCGGGCAGCACUAGGACUGGACUGGCGCAAUCUAAUGGUGGUGGAGCUCAGAAGCCCCAGGGGGAGUAUGACAAAGACAAGAUGGAGAAGCUGCUGAAACUGAUCCAACUGCACAAACGAUCACUGGGCAAGGAGGAUGGAGCUAUGCAGGAGCGCAGCGACGACUGGGAGCCAGCCGGGCACAAGAGGAGGCCUGAGGGUGACCUCUCAGCCGGAGCUAGCAAGUACAUAAAGACAGAUGCCGUGAGCAAUGGAGAGCUAGGAAGAGUUCCUCAGGGUGAAAGGUCCACAUCUUUGUCGGCGGUGAUGGACAACAUGGGGAUAUGUGACACGGACCUGCGUGAACAUGUUAGUCACACCACACCUAUCCAGGACACGCAGACUCUGCUUAAGUUAUUCAUCACUGCUCUGAAGAAUGUGUCUCAAAGCACAGCUACUGCUGCUCCCGCUACCGCUGGCCAUCAUUUGCUGCCCACGCAGCUCCAGGAGAGUGUGGCACUUGACCAACCUUGUGAGCCCGUCGAACCUCCCGCCCACUAUGAGCACAACCCGCAAGUCAGACCAGCAGAGGACGAGCAGAUCUCGCUGGAUUACCUGGAGGAUCAAAUGGCAUGCAGUGUUAGCAGUAUGGAUUUGUGCAGUCCACCACCCAGCUUCGAGCAACAGGUGCAGCUCCCUCCUGACCCUAGUCAUAACCUCUUACAGUGGAGAGCAGCCUCAGUGGUUCCGGUUCCUACAGAUGAACCAGGGACAUCAGGUACAUCAGUGAUGGACAGAUCAGUACAAGCAGCCGGGCAAACACUAGACUCCAUCCUGGACCAGGAGUUUCAGACGCUCUGCACGAGCAUUCAGGAUCUGAUGGAAAGGCAUCAAAUAUUUUACCUUUCCCAGCCUGCACUUCCGCAGCAUGAGUACACGACCAGCAGAUUAGGGUCCACCUUCUCUCCCUAUGUCUCGAAAUUUAUCUCACCUCUGCCAGUACAGGGUUGCAUCAGCAUGCUAUGCGAAAAGAUGAACCACAUGAUUAGCACAUGUGCUCCUCCUCAAUACCAUGUUACUCCCAGUGAUACAGUUCCACCUGCUCCUCUUCCUCCUCCUCCUCCUCCACCUCCUCUACCACCUGUUGUUUCUCUUUCUGCUGCACCUCCUACUGUUCCUCCUUCUGCUGCUGCUGUCACAUCCUCCAAACAGUCAGCUUCGAAGGAUAAAUCACCGGAGUCUUCACACAAAGCAGCCAGCAAGCCACAAACACCUGUGUCAACCCCGACACUGACCCCUACCCCUACCCCCGCUGCACUUCCUCCUGUCCCCAAGAAACAGCCGUCCCCUACCAGAAAAUCUCACCCAGAGAAAAAGUCAGAUCCAAUGGUUCCAAAUGUUGCAGACAGUCCCAAAUGCAAGCCCGCAGUCAGCACCGGUCUCCCACUGAUACCCGAGGUGCCACCCGAACCAGCCCAGACGGGUGCACCCGUAAAUGACGUGAUUGGUCAGAUCGAGCCGAAUGUGCUGUGCACAUUGGUGGAGAUCAUGCAGAUGAAUGCAGUUAGGUUUUACAUACAGCAAGGGGAUGAAGAGGAAAAUGACCUCUGUGCUAAGAUUAAGAGGUACUUGAAAAGCCUUGGCAACGUUGAGUGCAAUCCUCUGACAUAUCUGGAAAGCAGCUGUCAGCAGAAGUUUAUGGUUAUCAUUCAGAAUGAAGACAUAGCUUCUCAUGUUCACAAGAUUCCAGGAUUGGUGUCCUUAAAGAAGUUGCCUACGGUGUCUUUCGCUGGCGUGGACAGUUUAGAUGAUGUGAAAAAUCGCACUUACAAUGAGCUUUUUAUGUCUGGAGGCCUAAUCGUAUCUGACGAGCUCAUCCUCAACCCAGACUUCAUCACUUUAGAGAAGCUUCAGGCAUUCUUACAGUUAUUGGAAGAGCAGAGCAUGCCAUGGAAGUGGAAGGUGCACUGUAAGACUCAGAAAAAGCUGAAGGAGCUCAGCAGGUCGAACAGCGAAGCUCUGAAUCUGCUAAAUCUCCUGACAGCUUAUCAAAAGAAGCACUUGGUGGAGUUCUUACCUUACCAUGAAUGUGAUGCUCCGUCACGACAAGCACCAGAUCUGGACUGUCUGGUGAAGUUACAGGCUCAGCACACACAGCUCCGACACAUCAUCUUCCUCACAGAUAAGUCCAUUGAUGUCCCCAAGUUCUCGAGUAAUGGGAUCAUCACUGCUAGCUUGAAUGAUAUCAUGAAGGACUUUGAGAGCCUGAUAAUCAGGGCUCGAAGUGAAGACUCUGCCCUGCCUGUUGUCCCGGCUCCAGAGCCGGACGCAUGUAUGGACGAGGAAGACAUGUCCCUAGACUCAGAUGAGGAAGCAGCCGUGCCAGCACAGGACAGGGCUGCAGAGAAGCAGACCGCUCUACCUCUUCAACCCGUGAGUGAGGACAUUCUGCCCCCGAUCUCUGACCCGAACAGCACUGACACUCUGUCCUCAAAUCCCGUGGAUUACACCAUUCUCAAGGCGGCCAUCUCGCAGUAUAAAGCUUCCAAGCAGACUGGAACGUCCAUGGCUGAGGGGGAGGACAACUUGGCUAGUUUUGGCGUGAACCCCCACCAGAGCUACUUGUACCCCAACUCGGCACAAUGGAGCCCCUAUUCAGGGUCUCCCGGCUAUCACAUGAGCUCUGCCUAUUCCUCACCUGCUUGCUCAACCACUCAAGGACAGGAGUACUGCCAAGUGAACAGCAUGAGUGUAACCCUGGCCAACCCUGUUCCCCUGUCCCAACCUGCUGAUCAGGCUAAUCUCAGUUCUUCUUGUGUGAACCCACCUGCGAACACUGCUCCCCUGGGCCUGUCCCAAACCUCCUGCAGCAAAGGGGAAAUGGAUCCAGAUGGAAUGUCCUGCCCUCCAGCCUUGCCUCAGGCUCAAACUCAGUCUCUUGCAAAUGACAGUCAGCCAUUUUUGCCUGGCUCUCAAGAUACACAGACUAAAGCCAUGGAACCUCCUACCCUCUCUUUAUCAUCCUCAUCCUCUGUACCUUGCACUUUGCCCAGCUACCCAGAUGCUCCCAUAUUCCCUGGUCCCAUGCCUACGCCCCCUGUGCCACCCGUGUAUAACUGGCCACCCUCAACAGGGCCACAGAACAGCUAUGUACCAGGGGUAAGCCCGGCACCGUUCGGGAAUAAUGAAGGUGCAGCUUCAAGUGAAGGAUUAUGCUUAGGGACUGGUGAAGGAUUGACUGUUAACAAUAAGGAUGAUGGAAGCACAUCUUGCACGGCGCCUUCCUCCUUGCAGUUUGAGGUCGGAGGGGUUGAGAAGUGCAGCACAUCGGGUAGUGUAAUGCCCAGGAUUCAGGGCAAUAGGACAUCAGUAAACUCUUGCACAGAGAGCCACAGAGGUGGCAUGAUGCCUCCCCGUGGCAUGAGUGGUGGGGGCAUGCCUUGCAACCCCAGAGGGCUCUUACCCCGUCCUGGGGUAACCAUGCGACCUGCAUGCAGAGGUGGGCCACAUGGGCCGAUCUCACACAGUGGGAACCGCAUGUUCGGCCCCCGAGGGCCCAUUCCAGGGCUUAUGGACAUAAGGCGUGGAGGCUUCAGAGGAAGAGGAGCACCCCCCAUGCCCAUGAGGUCCAGACCAGGCAGAGGGUCAAUGUGGGGAGGAACACACUGUAACCGGGGCUAUGGACCUCCAAAAGAUUACUACUCAGACUACACUUACUAAAAUGUUGGGAGCAGUCAGUAACUAUAGACUACUGCCAUACAGAAUGUAUAUAUUCAACAUGAAGAGCACAUUUAAAACUAAGAAAAAAGAAAAUGAAUUGGUUUUGUACCAUUUGAUCAACAAAUCAGACGGUGACAAGGUUCAUGUCACUCAAUAAUGCUCUUCUUUAAUAAGUUGUUUGGAACCUUGUUCAAACCACUAUAUUUAUAUCGCCAAGAAAUGUAAUUGCCUUUCAAUGUUUUUUUUGUGUUCUAAUUUUCAAAAUGGUUUGUGAACAAGGGGCAAAACGCAGACAAUAUUUUUUUAAAAAGAAAAAAGUGAAUCACUCUUCAUUUUAGCUGCUUUUGUUUUUUUGUUGUUUUUUUUUUUUUACAUUCUUGGUUGUACAAAUGUUCUAUUAAACAAGGUUGUAUAAACAUAUUGUGUUGAGUAUAUUACACUCAGAUUCUUUUAUUUAUACUCAUGUUUAAUGCUUUUCAAAGAAUCAUUAAUUUUCAGUUUUUUGAACCUCACACUUUUGCUCUCUGGCCAACAGAGGGCAGCUUUUCCUCAGCUUGGACAGUGGCAGCAUUGGAGUCAAGUUUCGCCCUGCAAAAAUGCUUUUUGUUUUCAUUAUUUUCUUUUUAAUCAUGACCUUUUGUAGGUUUGGAAUACAAGAUCUGUUUCAUAAAUGUCUCUUAAGCA